AUGGGGAUCACGGCAUCUCGAUUCGUCCGGUACUGCCUGCGGUGCACUGUUGAGGUGGCAAUUGGCACUCGCUGCUCCUCUACCUUCAAGAGUCCUACUGCAGAUGGGUUCUCUGAUAGUCCAGACAAGGUGCUUCUAGAGAAAGAGCAGGACCACACUGCUUCAUCUGAGCUGCCAUGCCAGACUCAGGGAGAGCUGUUCCCUGCCCGAGGGCAGGAAGAGCAGCUGAGGCAGCAGGUGGAAGAGCCACAGGAGAAUGGCCAGAACAUCAAGGCAGAGCCACAAGCAGAGCUGCCCGAAGCUCAGAGUGCCAUCAUGGCAGUGAAGAGAAAGCACAAGGAAGACAUGGGAAGAAUUCAAGAGGAGAAUCUCCAUCAGCAGAGGGGCGAUCAACAAAACCAGGUGAAUGAAAGAGUGGCAGCCACUCCACUCAUGAAACAUCCUCUCUUUUGUUUGUUAGAGAACAUGAAGGAACAGCUGGAUGCAGAGCUUCAGACAGCUCACAGUAUGAUCAAGGCAAGGCAUAAGCGGCUGGAGGAAGAAAUGAAAAUCAUCAGAGAGAAACUUAAUCGCUUCCGUCAGUCUCUGCAAAACCAAGUGGCAAUAAAAAAAAUAAAUCUUCAAGGAGUGAGGAGGAAGGAGCUAACCUUUAAUGAAAUAAUGAUCAUGAAGAGAUAUAGGAGUCCCAAUGUUGUGAAUUAUUUGGACAGCUACCUUCUGGGCGAGGAACUCUUGCUGGUUAUAGAGUACAUGGAUGGAGGUGUCCUGAGCGAUAUUGUCAGCCAGACCUGUCUGUCUGAAGAUGAGAUGGCAGCCAUCAGUCGGGAGUGCCUGCAAGGACUGGAUUUUCUUCAUUCCAAUGAUGUGAUCCAUCGAGACGUGAAGAGUGACAACAUCCUUCUCAAAACUGAUGGCUCUGUCAAGCUGGCCGAUUUUGGCCUCGCUACGCAGCUCACCCCUGAGCAGAGCAAACGCUGCUCGCUAACCGGGACUCCUUGGUGGAUGGCGCCUGAAGUGGUGACAGGUCAACCAUAUGGCCCCAAAGUGGACAUAUGGUCUUUUGGAAUUGUGGGAAUUGAAAUGAUAGAACAAGAACCUCCUUACUUGAGUGAAAGUUCUGACACGGCUACACACCUGAUAGCCACAGUAGGGACUCCACAGCUGCGGCAGCCCAAGCUCCUCUCGGCUUUGCUGCGUGACUUCCUGAACUGCUGCCUGCAGACAGACGAGGAGCGGCGCUGGUCUGCCAAGGAGCUCCUGCAGGAACUUUAUGUAUCCUGA